GUGCAAAAACAUCGGAAGUUCGUCCAAGAAGAAAAUUGCCAUGAUGUCCCUAGCCGGCGCGUCGAUGAUGAAGACCGGGGUAGUAGGGUAUGGCAACUUAGUACCGCCGUAUUACAUGAAAUCAAGCGGGAGAGUGGUGUUGGGCGGUAUGAAACUGGGGAUGGUUGCGCCUCUUCCACCCCCAGAGAUGCAGGGUCAGGCGGGAGGAGGGCGUUCAAACUACUUGCGGGAUCGAAAUCGAGCAGAGAGGAAGAGGAAUCGUUGGGUACCGUACAACAUUGCGACGAAAGGAGGAGCCGUGGGGAGUCGCUCAGGAAACGGCGGCGUUGGGGUGAUUAGUUACGGAGGUCCAGGAGCACCCGGAGGGAGGCCGCCUGUCUUCGUUGUUCCCUCGGCGGCGAUGGAGGUAGCGCACUUGAUGGCCGCCCGAGGGCAGAAGUUGCCUGGAGGGGUCGCAGGUGCGAAGGGCGAAUCCGUCACGGCAAGCUCCUCCGCAGGUGCAGCCGGAGGAGCGUUGCCCAAGAGCAGGGUCACGUCCGCGAGUGGUCGCUGGCUGAAAAGAGGGAGGACGGGUAACCGGUUCAAAGGUGGAAAUCCAGCAUCAGCGAGCAAGAACGGUCAUGUAGGCGCGGCAGGAGGCUUGGGAGAAGAGGAUGACUGCGUUCCUCGCUUGCGCGAACUCCGGAAAAGGAACAGAGUCAAUAUGCGCAAACAAAUACCGAAGUGGUUGAAACGCCAAUCUCUGAAAUCGGUUCCUCAUGCUCCGAGGAACACGACAUCGUUCAUUAUGAGGGCGAACAAGUUAGGAAUUUAUGCGCCUCUUACCUCGCCGCGCACGCCGGCGUUCAUCCGCACGCCCAUUUUCUCUCCCGCUCCAUGGCCCACCGAUUCUCCCGGGGAUAAGAUGCUUGUGGAGCAAGCGAAGAAGUUCAAAGUUGAUCCUUACGGUUCCAUGAACGGGUGUAUACGUGUCCGCGAUCCUUCUGUGCCCGAGUUGGGGGCUGUGGGGUCGGGGGAAAAUCGAGGAGGGGAGGAGCUUGUUCUUCGUGACUCUUCGGACGAGGCCAGUAGUUCCAGUGAAGCCGAAGAUGGUCAGCCGAGCGUUGCGGAGCCGGAUUCUGCGGAGUUGUUCGAGCAGCGUAUGGAUCAUGAUCUCAGGAGGUUCGAGAUGACUUUCGCAGGGGAAGCAGCGGGGAAGGACCUCGAAGAAAGGAUGUUACGGACGCGAAUGGAGGAGCAGGAGGGGCGCAUUGCUGAUCUGGAGGAAGAAAAUAUGACUCUGAAAGAGAAAUUGUAUCUGAUUGAGCAAGAGAUGCAGGAGCUGCGGAAACGAUGCACGGUGGUGGUGUCCGAAGAUGUUUUGACAGCUGAGUCGGGUGAGAGCGGUGAUGAGGCCUCCGCUUCCGCUCUGGCUUGUCACAAGCGGGUAUGAGAGGCAAUGGUUCGUAGCCUCAGACAGGCAGAAGGUCGGCGGAUUGCGGCCGUCUGAGGCAAAUGGUGGCCUGCCGUCUCCUACUUGUUUGUCUUCUGGGAGCUGAUUCGUUCUUCGUCGGCUGCGUGACGCUUAUUCUGACUGAGAGGGGGUAGCUAGACUGGGGCGAAGGCGGGUUGCGGCAUGUGUCGGUGGUGGCAGAGCGAAGAAAGACGUGUUACCGAUGAUUCAAUAAGCAGCGGAAGUGUAAAGGCCCGAGCUAUCUCAGGAGGGAAGCGGGUUGGCGGGAAAACGGAUGUCUGUUGGUGUUUCUGGGUGUUCUCCGACUGUUUGUCCGCGUCUGUCGUCGUUUCGCAACGGUGGAGAAGAGCUCUGGCAGCCUGUCCUCUGUCGUUUGUCGGAGAAUGUAUGUCAAGAUCGUUGGUUAUUGAAACGCGCAUUUAUCGGAUAACGAGGUUGGCAUUGGACGCGGUUGAAGGCGAUAUGCAUCAGUGCGUUGCAGGUACGACAGGAGGAAUCGCGGCGAUCGAGUCGCGAAUGACGAACGAGUGCGGCAGCGACGGUGGUGACGACGAAGGCGUGUAAUGUGGCGAUGGGUGCUGUUGCGAGCGAGAGGAUGCACACAUUCAGGCCAUGCGAUGAAACGUUUGCCUUUGACGCCUCUGGUUUAUCGUCGGGGUGGUGAGACCGUUGUAUAUCUCUCUUGCUGAACUAUCCGACACUUUGAUUGUGUGAAGGGUUGUGUUACGGUUUGUACAUAAUGGUCGCGGUACUCGGUCAGUCGGAAAGUUUGUCUCGUGAAGACGAUGUGUGAAUGAUCAACGGGACAUACGUACAGUUGCAGCAGUCAGGUAUAGUGGGGACUCCUGUUGUCCUGUCCUCCUCCUUACAUUUUUUUCCCUGACAUAUUUUGGGCUCCUCGUCCCGCGAGCCAGGUGAGACCACACAAUUUCGUUCGUCGCUGUUGUUUGACAAAACGAAGCUAGGGGCGUAUCAAUGAACUUAGGGUUACGACCGUCGUUCUUGACGUCGUACAUGUCGGUUCACGGAAACGGAGGCAGGACACAGACAACAGUAGGCGGCUCCACGGAGAUGGUGGUAGAGUAGGUGGAGGGGAUUCCCGCCCCUCUUUACCGAGUUUGAGCGGCCUUUUAAGUAGGACACACAGCAAAAGGAGGUAGUAGCUGCAGGAAUCGGGGAGUGCGAAGGGUGGGAGGAAGGUGGUGUGGGUUGCGGGGUAACGGAAGUUUUGUGAGGCAGGGAGUUCGGGAAAGGGGGCCUGGACUGGGUUUGUCGAGUUUCUAGGGUUGGGGGAGACGUGGGGUAUUCUUGGUUCGCGUAUGUAGACGCCGAAGAUGAGAAGAGAAAAGGCAGGCAGGCAAUGGAGUGAUUUCGUGACGUGACAAUUUGCCCGCGAAUUUCAUGUGGAAAAAUGUUUGGAAAACACGGAUGUUUGGGGUGGUGGCGUGGUCACUUCAGGUAUAGAACCGUGAAUGAGAGACCGAGAGGCACGGAGAGUAGAAAGAUUAUACGCUGCCCUGUCCUCUGGGCGUCUCGAGCACUCGGCGUGCCGGGAGGAACAAAGGAGUUACUUAUGGCCGGGGUCUCGUUUCGUUGUCUUCCUGGUAUAAUUUGACCUGCGUACGGGAUCACGGUUGAGCGUUAAUGUUCGAUGCAGGACGUGCCCACGGGAAAGGCCACUUGAGGAUCUGGCGCGCAUCGAAAUGUCGCGUCUGAUUGCCGCGUUGGCAACCGUCUUUUAACGGUGUUUGGUAGAGCGUCUAUCCACCUCCAAAAAUGUGCGGCGGAGACCGCAGACUUGGUGUGUCCUGUCCGGUAUGUCAACAGCCCAACUCUUGCAGAAAUCUCGUCUCGUUGCUAUGAUGGUCGGCUUCUUCGUUUAGAACUUCCCAUCUGAACUGUUUCUGAAGGGCAUUGUACUCAACUUUUUGUCGUUCUUGUUUCAUGGUAUAUCUUGUACAGUAGUCGAUGAAUGUCCUCCGUUGGUGAAGCGAGUCUUGAUUUACCUUAGGCGCCCGAAAGGGGGGUCUACGGACAGGUUUCGGACGCGGCGCCCUGAGGUAAAGCUUACGGACGUACGGGUCAAUGUCGUGCCAGCGAUUGUAAGUUUUAGCAAUAAUCAAGGAUGUUACGCAAUAUUGAUGCGAUGUUGGUGUGAGGCAUGCAUGCCAUGAGAUGUGACGCAACUGUUUGUGUUGCUUGUUCGCUUCUCGAGCAAAUGUGGUAUAUGGGAACGUUUGCACGUCACGACUGUUAACGACCCUUUCUCUCUUCGACUUAAUGUUUGCUAGCCGCUUUCUCUUACCAGUUCGAUCGCGACUUUUGCGGGAUGGAUGCUCGUCCUUCUGCUGCAAUGCAGGUGGGAAUGUGGCCCCUGUUCUCUGUUGGAGUCGUCAGAAGCGUCAUUGUGAAUGAAGGUCUGUGGUCUGUUCCAUUCAUUAGUAGACUCGUCGACUCUGCCAGGUCGCCAUUGUGGACGUGUCAAGGGUUUGUCAGAUUGUGCCGCAGUCGUUCGUCGUUUAAACUCGCGCAAUUGCCCUGACGAUGUUUUUUUUAGCAUCUGCUCUUAACUACCCUUUCCUACCGUACUCUUCCUUCGUUAUGCGCAUCUUGGUGGUGGGAACUACGCUGCGUAUCAGUGCGUGCGAUUAUGACCCGUGAAUCAACUGUGGUGAAUAUUCCCUCUUACGCGGUCUUGGUAGAAUGUUUGUGGUGCGUAAUAAUGUGCAUAUGACGCGUGAAUCACCUGUGACGAGUAUUCACGCUACGCGGUCUCGUUGGAGUAGACCCUUUGACUUCGUAUAUUUUGUAUCUCGCAAGGGUUAUCGUUGAUUGGUGUUCACGUCCUACGGGCAAGAUUAGUCUCUCGGCAUUGCAGAACGUAGGGCAGCCUCACUGUCCCCUUGCUCUCUGUCUACCCUUUGUUUCAUCGUGCAGAGGAUGAGUCAAAUGAAAAUUUUCGCGAUUGAGUGUACCCGAACGGGUUAUCCUCGCAGUGUACCCGAACGGGUGAUCCUCGCUCGUAUUUGCCUAAGGUUGCGGGUGACAGACAUGAUCCCAAUCAAAUCAGUCUCUGAUUGAAAAUUUAAACUGAUUGGGAUCGUUGAGUACCUCAAAGAACGCAAAUGGGUCGCUUCCGAAUGAGUUAUGUCAAUGCCACGGUAUACGGGAGCUGUGCCGAAGCGGCGGGUUGGUUGCCAGCACCAUUGUUGAGAGUUCCACAGAUCUCGUUGGCUGACACCGCCAUCGGCGUGAAUCUCAAACCGAGUGGUGGUCGAGAUGAACGUGUGGCAGUCAGGGGAAUGGUUGUCAACCAAUCAGUCGUGAAGCCGCAGCUCAGCUGGUGUCUGUGUACGUUGGUGUUAGUGUUGCUGAGAGAUGCGGAAGAGACCCAUUCUUGUGUGUUUUCGUUAAUCUUGCCGAGUGAUGCGAAAGAGACCCAAUAUUGUCCCUUGCUUGCGGGAUGUCUUACGUGUGUUGGAGACGCGGCUGGCUCCCAUCCUGUAUCUGUGGUGGUGAUCAAGUUAAGAGUGCGGUGAUGUUCGACUGCAUUCCACUUUGAAUGGCGAGAAUUGAAAGUUUUGGUUAGGUCUUACUGUUGUCUGCCACUCGUGUGCAAUGAGCUGGGAUAAUGUGCAUGGCUCCUUGUCUUUAUGACGAACUCAUUGUGCCACACGUCCACCGUAUGGUUACGCGUAUGAAACAGUUCUCGCCUGUGGACGAAGGAAGCACUGCUGUGGAUGUGGACGGGAUUUCCUGUGCACGGAGACUCGCGCUUUGGCAGUUGCAAGCGGACUGCUGGACCCCGCGUCACUGAUUGCUCUAGGCUGGAGGGAGAGAAUGGGCGUGGAACCAGCCAUGCAGUCUUGUGUUGGAACUAGCCAUGCAGUCUCGUGGUGGAACCAGCCAAGCAAUCUCGUUGUGGACCAGCCAUGCAGUCUUCCCGGGGAAUCCUCUUUCAGAAGGGCGAUUUUAUUGGAAGCCCCUGAAGAUGGGUAGAGGGUGAGGCUACAGCCCUGAGGUGAAGAGGCUACAGAGUUGGGCUAUCCUCUGGUGCCCUCUGAGCACCACAUGUGACCAGUGGUAGACCUGCUAGGGAAGAUGUAGUGAUUGGGCGGGCGGGUGCGAGUUGUGAAUUGCGUGGGGUUUGAUUCUCAUGUGGUGGAUUACUUCGGGAAUGUCCAUAGAUGCGUAGGGCUAGUAUGUCUUGUACCAAUUCUUGCAUUGUCUUGUCUUUCUGGGACUGUUCACAGAACCCAUGGUUGGGCUCUCUGAGAACGGUGUGUCUGGUUUGAGGACAAAAUGGGCGUGUGUGUGUGUGUGUCCCUUGAGUGUGUCUUUGGCUUGCUUGUGAUGUUUUUUUUCAGGUUUUAAGGUUUUUAGGGUCUGUUGAUGAAUUGUGUGUGUGUGCACGUGUCUGUCCCUUCAAAUGUGUCCCAAGGACUUAUGCACUUGGCGAUGUUGCUUUGCUUGUGAUGUUUGUUUUGGGUCUUAACUUUUCAUUUGCAUCAAUUAAACGAGUUCUGUUUGUGUUGUUUGUAGAUUUCUGCCUUCAUGCGUUCCAACGAAUUACUUACACAGUGAUCGUCCAUUUCAGGUUUGUUCUGUUACCAGGAUGAUUUGCCGAGUCCUUACGUCUCCUGCGAAGGCAUGUGCGAGUGCAACUGGGGCACUCAAUUGUAUGUAAGUCCGCUUGUUUUGUAUC